CCCCCGUACGCCCCGCACGACCUUGGUGGCCAUCUCUCCCUAUCCGCGACGCGACGCCAUGAGCCCAGAACCGAGCGAGGGAGGUCAAAGCACCUCCCAACGAGCUCUGGCUCGAGCAGCGACCACGAAAGCAUGGCUGGAGGCGCACGACGUGGGUCCGGGCUCGCCGGUGGCACUGGUCACGGACGAGCGGUUGCUGCUGCAUGCGGGGCCGAGCAACCAUCCGGAGCGGCCUGCGAGGUUGGCAGAGAUCCUGAAGCAAUUGGAGAUUUCUGGGCUGUCAGCGGCCUGUGUGCAGCUGAGCUCGAGAGAGGCCACGCAGGAGGAACUGCUGAGAGUGCACAGUCAAGAACAUAUUGAUCAGGUCUUCAACUCGGCAUCGAGUAAGAAGAAAGGCAAGGCCUAUGGCACGCCCUUUGGCCCCGACACCUACGCCAAUGACGAGACGCCGCUGUGCGCCUCCUUAUCCACCGGGUGCCUCCUGUCGCUGGUGGACAAAUGCCUUGAGAAAGGCGAUGGCCCGCGAUGUGGCUUUGCGGCCAUCCGGCCACCAGGCCACCAUGCCACGGUGGACAAGGCCUCUGGCUUCUGUAUGUUCAACAAUGUGGCCGUGGCUGUGCGCCAAGCGCAACAGGUGCACGGGCUGAAACGUGUGGCCGUAGUGGACUGGGACGUGCACCAUGGGAAUGGCACCAACGACAUCUUUGAGAAGGAUGAGUCGGUGCUCUUCUUUAGCCUGCAUCGCUAUGAUAGUUACUUCUUCCCUGGCACCGGCUUCGUCGAGGACGUGGGCAAGGCAGAGGGACGGGGAUACAACGUCAACUGCCCGCUGGACAAAGGCUUCGGCGACUUGGACGUGGCGCAUGUGAUGCGAUACUUGAUCUGCCCGCUGAUGGAGAAGUUCGAGCCGGAGGCCAUUUUCAUCUCCGCCGGCUUCGACGCGGUGCGCGGCGACCCCUUGGGCGAAUGCCGGGUGUCUCCGGAAGGCUUCGGCUGGCUCACACGGGGCCUCUACCGCCUUGCAAAGCACUACUGCGAGGGUCGGCUCUUCCUCGCCCUGGAGGGUGGAUACAGCCCGGACCUCAUCGCGCAAUGCACCGUGGAGUGUGUGCGCACGCUGUUGGCGGAAGUGCAUGGCCUGGCAGGCCCCGAGUUGGAAGAUCCGGUGCCGGCGACGCCCAUGUCCAGCCUCCCAACUACGCCUGCUAUGGGCCCCUCCGUUCCAGCAUCUCCAAGCUUGUCGUCCAAGUCUGGACGCUCUGAGGGGGUGCCGGCUCAUCGGCCGCUGUUGGUGCCAGACCUGGAAGGCUCCCCGCCCGCGUCGCCCAGCGCCUCGCCGGCGCUGAGCGCUUCAGGGAGGAAGGCCCGAGGCCCGGCUGGGAAGACGUGCAGGGCAGUGCGGAAGGCCACAGAGCUUCUGCAAGUGCUGCCGAUGGACGUUCCUCUUGCGCCACAGGCAGAAGGAGUCAGCAAGAAUGCCAAAAGGAAUGAGCGCCGGCGGAGCCGCAAGCACAGUGAAGAGGAUGGCGCCUCGAGCGAUUCGUCCGGCUGGGCCAUUGCGUAUGGAGGUGAUCCAGAAUUCUCCUUCAGCCCGGCCAUGAGGAUGGUGGUGCGGCAAGUCUCCUCCUCUUCGCACACAUCGCACGAUGUGCCAGACAUGGAGCUGCCGCCGCCGGUGGUGCUUCCGCGAGCCGAGGAAGUGGCCACGAAGGAGCCUCCUUCUUCGGCCCCCAAGUCGGAGGACGUCACACGGGAGGCAUUGCUGUUGUUUUGGUAGAGAGCUUAGCUGUUUCACCGUUGCUCGUUUCGGCCACACGGUUUUGUUUUUCCGAUUUUGGUGAGUUCCAAAGCUCCUUGUUUUGAUAGGCUGUUCCGGCUGACAUUCGCAAUUCGACUCCGAAAGAAGGCACAGACUCGUAUUCGUCCACCAGACUCGUGCCUUCUCCAGUCCGGGCCUUCUGCAACUGCAAGGGUCGUCGUUCUCCACCCGUCGCUCUCGGUCUUUCCGCGGUCGUUGGGAGAAACUCCAUGAAGACCACAGAAGGAGUUUUCUCCCGUGGACCAAAAAAGCGCCCAACGAUCAGUGCCCGGAAGAGGCGGGCAAACGCGUCGCCAGGAGAAAGCGGAAGCCGGGAAGUCCAAACAGAAGAAGAAGACCAAGAAGAAGUAGCAGUGGCUGAGUUGAAUCCGAAGCAAAGAAUGUUUCCCAAGGCUUAGAGCUCCUGAUGUGGGUUGGAUUUGUUUACUCAUUGGAUCCACUAAAGAUG